AUGCUCUCCUCGACACCCUUGCUAGUGGCUGCUCUGGCCGGUGCAGCAUUCGGCAAACUCCACACCAUCUGCGGUUGCCAGAAGUGGAGCGACGGACCAAUGCACAACGACGCCACGAUUACUCUUGGUAACUCGGGAUGCACUCCGUGGGUGUUUGCCCCCGUGAAUUUCCAAGGCGUUUCCCAAAACAGCGUUUUCCAAGCCACCGGGCCUGUCCGAUUCGAGGGCGUCUAUCUUCAAGACAUUGGGGGCGGCAAGGUCAUGGACGGACAUACCGUAUAUAAAUACUGCAAGAGAGCUGGUGCAGGGGACUCAGCUUGCUUCGAAUGUGGCAGCAUCCAGCAAAAUGCCAAUGGCAAGUUCCAAUGCAACUAG